AUGCAGGAGAUCUCAUAUAGCGCGCCAACCGAGCGACAACAAAAUCCUGGUCGCCACUCACUGACGGCUGUCGCAUCUUCGACUGAUUCAAGCGGCUCGGUGGAAUAUCCAGGUGCAGAUGGGCUGCAGGAGAUUUCUGGAACGGCUCUUCAAUCAAGUCUCUCCUCAACACCAACCGACACAUACCCUGCUAGGGGAAGGACUUAUUGGAGCGAGCCCUCUAUCAAUGCAAAGAUCAUGGAGGAGUCUACCUCAGGAAAUGGUGGCGAUAACAACAGUUAUGGAGCUCGAAAGCAAACAUCAAGUGGCCCCGACUGCCGAAUAUGUGAAAGCGAUGUGAAUUGGAAGGUUCGGAGCAUAUCAGAGCACCCGAUGCUACCAUAUUUGGGGGCUGACGGCUUCUGGUACCAUGAUAUCUCGUGCUACCAGCAGUCGCGGCAAUUCCGCCCACAGGUACGCGCGGAUGUCAGCAUAACAUCGUCAAGCGAGACGUCCUCGACCGCGAACAGCGGCCCGGAUAUGCAUAGCGGCUACCCUGGAUUGAACAGCCCGGCGCAACACAUCUGGUAUUCCCAUACAGACGUGCCGCCUGGCGGCAGCUCAGUACCAAUGGCACCACACCAUGACUUCAUUACGGCCUCUGGUUGGCAACAAUCAGCUUCGCACGACCCAAGUAAUAAUAUAAACACAAUGAGCAUGCGCAGAAGCGGCAUUGAAGGAGCUGCCAAUACUGCCCCGGACAAGAAGGUCAAGCACAAAAUGAGGGCCUUUUCCGUGUCUCAUCGAGCCAAAAGAGGCCUGACGCAGCAAAGCGCCAUUACAGCUGCCACAGAACCGGAUCGGGUCAUUAAGGACACCCUCACAACCCGGAGGAACGUGGAACGCAAGUAUCGAGAAAACCUCAAAGACUGUAUUGGCAGACUGAGAGCAGUAUUGCCGACGCUGGGGGCAGAACAAGACAACGAGUACGGCGGUACGACGACCCGUACUGUGCAUAAGGUUGGUAAAAGCGCAGUGCUUAGCACGGCCACUGAGUACAUUUUACAGUUGGAGCAGGCCAACCGCACCAUGGUGAGUGAGUGCCAGCAGCUCAUGGAGUGCAUACAGAGGCUCGAGGCCAUGUUUCCGAACGGCGUCGCAGGUCGCCUCACUACAUACCAAACAGUAGAGUGA